CGGAAAUGAAAACAAUCCAUUAAGGUAUUAUUAUAGUGAUAUUCCACCAAUGAAUAGGAACAUUCAAUAAAUAAUUAUCAACUAAAAACGUAUUGGAUGACAAAUAAAAUAAAAACUAACAGAGAAUCAAAAUUCAUACCAUCCUAUCACACGUAUUUACAGAAUAUUAUUUUCCUUUCCUUUGAACUAACAAAAUAACCUUUAUACUCAUCUUUAAUAAAACAAGAGAAAACAAUCAAUUGAGUAAUUUGUUCUCUUUAAAAAUCAAAAUCAAUGUGUGAUUACCAAAGUGGAUUUGUUUAUCAAUAUGAAAAUACUACUGAUAUUACUACUCAAAUGGAUGUUGUCAUCAUUCUAUUUUCAUGUUGCAUAAUCUUUAUGAAUCCGUUUACAUUGUUCUUGGUUUUUCAAAUCUAUUUAUCAUCUUCAUUAGUAAGUUUUCUAAUUAUGAUUCAAAUAACAUUUGAUACACUUGUUUGUGUAUCACAAAUCGGGAAUAAAUUUUGCCCAUUUCUUCGAAUUACACCACAAAUGUGGAUCAAUAUUUUAAUUUGCCACAUAUGGACAAAUGAAUUUUUAAAUAAUCUAUUUAAUACAUUCACUAAACAAUCCAUUCUUGCUAUCAUCAUUGAACAUUGUUUAUCCAUUUAUAAGCCGAAUGUAAAUUUGUUAAAUUAUCCUAAAUUAUUAGGUGGAAUAUAUUGUUUCUCAGUAGCAUAUAACAUAGUCACUAAUUUAUAUUUAAUACUGUUAGUGAAAAUAGAUCAAAUUGGUCAUUGUGUAAUCAAUUCUAAUAUGUUAAUCAGUAGCAUUGAUCGAUUAGAUUUGGUUAUUUUCGGUUAUGUUUCAUUGAUACUUGGUGACAUUAUCCCAUUCAUAGUGAUGAUCAUCAUAUUAAUAUUAGUAAUAUUACAUCAAUAUAAAAGGAAAGUUAAUGUAAGAGAUCAAGCUCAAAUUAAACCAGUACAAAAAUACUUGACCUUAUUGAUAAUUGUUUGGUGUUUACCAGAAAUUCUAAUUACAUUACUUGAUAUGUUUCAGCAUGUAUGUGAAGCGUAUAUAGAAUAUGAAAUGGUGUGUGAUAUAUCCCAUCAUUGUUUAGAAAUAUUACGUUCAAUUACAUUUAUGUUACAUUCAAUUAGUUUGUUUAUAUUUUUAAAACCAAUGGGAAUUGAAGCUUUGAAAACGUUUAAAAAUAUUUCGCAGGUUUUUAAAACAAUCUUCCAUCGAAAUUAAGAAUUUAGAUUCUCAUUCUCAUUUCAAUCACUGGAAUAAUUUCUUAUUAAGUGUUCGUUCACUGUCUGUUUUUCAAACUCGUUCACCUACAUUUGACUAUGAAACAUUGAUUCAAGGGUUUGUUCUUCUUAUCAUUAUUACAAUUAGUACACUUGUCACCACAUUGUUAUGUUUAUCCAUAUAAUCCAUUUCAUUGUUAUCGUUAACUCAUCAACUGCCUUGAUUACAUUGAUAUGUUUACGUAUGCUUAAUAAUAUCACUGUAUAUUAGAAUGAAGCCUGUUAGGGAUCCAACUCAAUACAAUACUGUUAGCUUAUAUGUGUUGAUCUUAGUAAUAACUAUCUAAUUUUGUGUACACAUAAUAAUGUACUUAAUAAUUUGCAUAAUUUCAGUAGUAUGAAUAUUGAAAUAAAAUUUCCUGUCUUAUAAUUAUUUUGAUUCACUAUGUGUGCUAACAGUCUUGUGUGGUCUCAUACUUUGAAAAAAUUCUUGCAAUCCAUCAUAUAUCCAGAUGGUUCAAAACAGCAGUGCGACUUCUAUUAUGGUCAACUGAUUUUCGUUAUUUAUCUUUUAG